CGGGCUGGGAUGGCAGCGAUGUGGACGUCGCUCGGCACCGUCUCGGAGCCGGCCGGCCCCAGGGCAGCCAGCGGCCGCUUCUGGGCCGCCGUCCUGGGAGCAGCGGCGGGGCUCUUCCUCCUCGGGUUCCUCAUCGGCUGGUUUGUAAAGCCUAUAGAAAAGAAGACAUCUCUGAGUACUCAUGAGGACAUGAAGACAGCAUUUAUGGCUGAAAUGAAAGCUGAAAACAUCAAGCAAUUUCUUCACAAUUUUACACAGCUUCCUCACCUAGCAGGAACAGAGGAGAAUAUGCAUCUGGCACAGCAAGUCCAAGCUGAGUGGAAGACCUUUGGUUUGGAUUCUGUUCAGUUAGUUCAUUAUGAUGUCUUGCUCUCUUACCCUGAUGACACUAAGCCCAACUACAUCUCAAUAAUUGACGAGCAUGGAAAUGAGAUUUUCAACACAUCGUUAUUUGAGCCUCCUCCUCCAGGAUAUGAAGCUGUUAGAGAUGUGGUGCCACCCUACAGUGCGUUUUCAGCUCAAGGAAUGCCCGAGGGUGAGUUAGUGUAUGUGAAUUACGGCCGCACUGAGGACUUCUUCAAGUUAGAACGUGUAAUGGGAAUUAACUGUACGGGAAAGAUUGUUAUUGCCAGAUAUGGGAAGAUCUUCAGAGGAAAUAAGGUGAAGAAUGCUGAAUUGGCAGGUGCCACGGGAAUUAUUCUGUACUCUGACCCUGCUGACUACUGUGCCCCAGGAGUAGACCCCUAUCCAAAUGGCUGGAAUCUUCCAGGUGGAGGAGCCCAGCGUGGGAAUGUAUUAAACCUUAAUGGGGCAGGCGAUCCUCUGACACCAGGUUAUCCUGCAAAAGAAUACACCUACCGAUUAGAUAAAACAAGUGGUGUAGGUCUCCCAAAAAUUCCGGUUCAUCCUAUUGGCUAUCACGAUGCAGAGUCAUUACUGCGUAAUAUGGGAGGACAUGCACCACCUGAUAGUAGCUGGAAAGGAAAUUUGAAUGUAUCUUACAACGUUGGUCCUGGUUUCGCAGCAAGUUAUUCUACAAGAAAGGUGAAAAUGCACAUUCAUAACAACAACGAAGUAAGAAGGAUUUACAAUGUGAUUGGUACUAUCAGAGGCACAGUGGAACCAGACAGAUAUGUCAUCCUGGGAGGCCACCGUGACUCAUGGGUAUUCGGUGGCAUUGAUCCGCAGAGUGGGGCAGCUGUGGUUCACGAGAUUGUGAGGAGCUUUGGAAAACUGAAAAAGGAAGGAUGGAGACCAAGGAGAACAGUGAUAUUUGCAAGCUGGGAUGCAGAGGAAUUUGGCUUGUUAGGAUCAACAGAGUGGGCUGAGGAAAAUGCCAAAGUAUUGCAAUCACGAGGAGUGGCUUAUAUCAAUGCAGAUUCUUCAAUUGAAGGAAACUACACACUGCGAGUGGAUUGCACACCACUGAUGUACAGUCUGGUGUACAGUCUGACUAAAGAGAUACCAAGUCCUGAUGAGGGUUUUGAAGGAAAAUCUCUUUAUGAGAGUUGGUAUAAAAAAAAUCCAUCAAGUGAAUAUAAAGAGGUCCCCAGAAUAAAUAAGCUGGGUUCUGGCAAUGACUUCGAAGUCUUUUUUCAACGUCUUGGCAUCGCUUCAGGCAGAGCACGUUACAGUAAAAAUUGGAACAUAGAAAAAUAUAGCAGCUAUCCAGUUUACCACAGUGUCUAUGAAACCUAUGAAAUUGUGGAGCAGUUCUACGAUCCCACUUUCAAGAAUCAUCUGACAGUAGCUCAGGUACGAGGAGGGCUGGUGUUUGAAUUGGCCAACUCUGUUGUGCUUCCUUUUGACUGUAGAGAUUAUGCAUCAGCUGUGAGCAACUAUGCUCAUAUCAUCUAUAAUUUGUCAAGGAAUCAUGAAGAGGAACUGGCAACAUACAACGUAUCCUUUGAUGCUCUCUUUUCAGCUGUGAAGAAUUUUACAGAAGUUGCUACUAGCUUUCAUGAGAGACUGCAACAAGUAGAUAUCAAUAACCUACUUGCUGUCAGAUCACUAAAUGAUCAGCUCAUGUUUCUAGAAAGGGCUUUUAUUGAUCCUCUUGGAUUACCUGGAAGGCCGUUUUAUAGACAUGUUAUAUUUGCUCCAAGCAGCCAUAACAAGUAUGCCGGAGAAUCCUUCCCAGGGAUCUAUGAUGCCAUGUUUGAUAUCGAAAGCAAAGCUGAUCAACAUGAAGCCUGGGAAGAAGUGAAGAGGCAAAUUUCCAUUGCAGCCUUCACUGUGCAGGCAGCAGCAGAAACACUGAAAGAAGUAGCAUAAAUAUCAACAACAUGAUCAUCAGUGAAGACAAAGUAUGGAAUUUUGCAAGAAGUCUUAAAAAUGGAUAAUUGAAAAAUACUAGGAGGAUUAUCACAAAGAACACAAAAUAAAAAAUAAUCUUGUUCUUUGCAUAUAAUAUACCCAAGUGGAAUGCAUUUAGCAAUGUUAACAAGGUAAUAUACUCCGUUCCAAGAGCUCAGGAUUUAGAUAUCUUGUGAAGUGAGAGUGAAAAAGUUUCAGGUUUUCUCUCAACUUUGUAUUUUAAGAAUUGCUAACCACUGGAUUUAUUUUCAGAGCUUUGAAUUUUGCUGGCUUGAUUAUUAUAGCUGUCUUCAUAGUGCAUCAGGAAAAUAGAAUUAAUUUCAUGUUUCUAUCAGUUUCUAAUUUUGUUGUGGACUUUUUAUUAUUUACCUUGGGAUUGUAUAAUUCUCCUCCAAGACAGACAUCUCAGCCCUGCUUUUACACAAAGACUCGUGUAUGAAGAUGGGAAAGCUGUGACAUACCAUUUGCGGGAUGUAUAAUGAUCAUAACAAGUUUUAGGCAGCCAGCCCAGAAUACUCAUCCAUGACAUUUCUUCUCCUCACAUGCUGAACCUUGCAGCUGUUUGCAAAUAAAUUUAAGCAAGAAGUUUUCUAGUCACUGGAGUAAAAACAAGGCAGACGUAUAGCCAUCUUACAAAAUGUCUUUUGAGAAGACAAACUUCUUUUAUCCAAAAUCUACCCUUGCUGUACCUUGUCCAUAUAAAGUUGUUUUUAAUAUGAAGACAGUUAGAAGCAAAAAAAAUUCAUCGUGUCUGUAGUUUGAAAGGAUAGCAAAUUAUUGCGAUUUUGUAAAGUCUCUAUUUCUGAUUUUGGUGUGCUGCUGACUCUUAUGAUGGAGUACUCGAAAGAUCACAGUGGGACAACUGAGAUCAGACAGAGAAGACUCAGAAAAUCAGAUGCCUUUGUCUGACGCUCUGCCACUGGAGGAUUACUAACCUCUUGCACAGCUAAUAUUUUGUGUGAUUUGAUCUGCCAUUUUACCUGAGGCAUCUACCAUGUCUUAAAAGACUGUGUCCCAUGAUCUGGUGGUUUUCACUAUCAUGGUAGAUAAUUUUCCUUUCCGUAAGAUUUCAUUUAUUCAUAAAUAUCUCUACACUUCACAUUAAAACUUUUUAGGCAAGUUGCUAUAAUUAAGUCAUUAUUUUCCGUAACUGUUUGUCUUUCUGAUAAGGGGAAAUGCUCUUAUGCCCACAUUUAUUGCCCACUUAUUUUCACAUUUUUUAUGAAACUGAUUGGAGUAAACUAGGGAGAUUUCAUUCCAAAUCUAAUGUUGAUGGGAAACAUUGCUGCCUCUGUUGUAUCACUGCUGGUUGCUCCACUGCUCCACUUUGGCCAAUGGUGGAUUAAUUAUGAAUGUCUACAAUCCACUUCUCAAAAAUUAGCCAGGUUAGUUUAGUUGUCUUAACCUAGAGGAUUUUGUCAGCAGCAAUCAAAGGAAUGAUAAAACAAAUCUACCAUGUAGAGGGGGACAGCAAUAAACAUCUGUUGACCAGGUGGAUACAAUAACAGUAUUUUUCUGUUGCUAAGAAGGAUGAAUUGAAGUGCCAAACUCCAAAAUUGUGGAGAUCUUUCCCUGUGGGACCUGUAUGCUUCCCCACCAACUCUUUCUCUCAGCCCAGAAGACAUAAUUUUUUAAUCUCGAGUUUAACCAUAGCAUAGUUUCAUUUAAGUUUAAUUAGAGCCCUUUUUGGCAAUAGCUGGCAGAUAAUAUACAAUAUCAGGGCCCAGGACCUCAUGAAAUACAGUCUUAAACUACAGGAACAUCCAGUCAAAAAAAUAAAUCUGUUGGCCAUCCCUUAAUCACCGUAGGGAACAGGAUACAGGAGGCCUUAAGGUGAAGGGAGGGUAGGUCUAGUUUAGAUAUUAGGAAGAAAUUAUUUUCUGUGAUGGUGGUAAGGCACUGGCACAAGUUUCCUAGAGAAGUUGUGGAUGCCUCAUCUCUGGAAGUGUUCAGAUCUGGGUUGGAUGGAGUUUUAAGCAACCUGCUCUAGUGGAACAUUUCACUGCCCAUGGCAGGGUGGUUAGAACCAGAUGAUCUUUAAGGUCCCCUCUAACCUAAGCCGUUCUAUGGGUCUAUGACUGUUCCCCUGCACACAAAAAAUUCAAAGCUAACUAGUCCAGAGAGAGGAGGCUGGUUGUAACAUAGUGGUUUACAUGAGGUUUUGACAGGGUGGAAUUCAAACUUUUCCAGGAUUUGGGUCUGCUUUGUGACACAUCUUUGUUCAAUGCAAACCACAGCCUGCAGCUGUUGAAUUUUUAAAGCAAAUGGAACCUAACUUAAUUUUUUUAAGAGAAGAAUGUAUUUAGGUGGAUUCAGCCCAGCUCUUCUCCCAAGCCCUAGUGCAGUCUCCUAUUAAAGAGAUUUGAGGUCAGAGACUUUGUGCUACAUAUUAUUGUUUGGGGUGUUUCCAUUCUCACUUGUCAGCAUGAAGCCUUUCUGAUGUCCAUUCUGAGAAGAGUAGUACUUGGUGCUGACUAUUGGGUCUAAAUGCAUCCAGCAUUUUAUUUAAAUAAAAAUUUUAAAUGAAUAUGCUUUUUAGUCUUCAAGAACUUCUAUGGAAAUUCUGAUAAAAACAUUCUAUUCCCUAAAUAAUUUUUUGCUGUCAGUUUUCUAUGGAGUUUAAAUAUAGCCACUGCAGCUUCAUUCCUCAAAGACUAUUCAAGGCAAAAGUGGCUGGUGUCAUAACUGGACAGCAAAUGCCAAAGCCUAUGUAGCAAAUUACUGAAGCUACCUGAUUUUUAGUCAGCUAGGCAAGCCAUAUGUCAAACUAUAUGCAUGGAUGCAUAUGCAGCUCUUCUUUUCCUAUAUAUGUCACUAGGAUUACAACUUCUAAGCAGAAAGCAUAAAAUGAAAGAGUAGUUGUGUAUGCACUGAGAAAUGUAAUUUCACAUGAUUCAGUUACUAGGAUAAUACAAAGAAGUAAGCGUCGUAUUUCACAUUUAUGAACAAAAUCAGGCCAAUUGACAUUUAUCGAAAAAUAGAGACAUCUAGUUCCUGCCAGAAAGGUGGAGAAUAGUGGUUAUAUAAAUAAUAUGCAUUCAAAGCAGACAAGUGGAGAAUAAUGGUUAAAUAAUAAGUAAUAUGCUUUAAAAGCAGUGUUAAUAAGUUCUUGAGAACUUUCUAGCUGCACUGAGAAAUAUGUCCAGUCCACUGAUUCUUAGAGCUUAAAAAAACCUGUCUGAACCAGCCACAUGAUCAUGGAAGAGUAUGCAUUGAAGGAGCCUACUAAGGACAGGCCAGAUACAGGAAUAACUCCUUUUUAAGACAAUGUAUUUUUUGUUAGAUCUGCUAAAAUAUCUCAGGGGCAUAGCUAUUACCUAACUCAAGCCCUGAGUGUGAAAUUAAUUAGAUUAAAAAACCCAGAAGAAGUGAAGUGAAGUGAAGUGAAGUGAAGUGAAGUGAAGUGAAGUGAAGUGAAAAAGGAGCAGGUUUUUUUAAAGAAAGUAUUGCUAUCAUAUGAUCACAAAUUGGAUACUGUUCAGGUUUUCCAAAGAACUCCAUACAAUAAUCAUCCUGUGCACUAAGAGUCUAAAUCAAAUGAAAUUAAAACAUACGCAUGUGUGGAAAAGUGAGAAACUAUACCUGUAUUAAAUUGAAUCCUUAGCUUUCAUGAAACCAGCAAUGUCAAUGUUACUUUGGCUGGAAAGUCUGUUGACCUCACUGCAUAAUUUCUGAAUUCUUCUUGUAGAAGAAAGGGUCAAAGUUUGCAAUCUGGACUUGUCAGCUGCCAGCAAUGUAUAUUUUAUUUUAGCUGGAAUCUGAUAAUGGACUCACGAAGUUCAAGAUAACAAAGACUCUGACUCAAAGCAUCAACAUCUACUACCCUUUCAAACUGAUAGAAAGACUGCAGAGGCCAUGAGAGAGUUCAGGGGUCUGUGCAACUGGUAGACUCAGAAGGAAACUACUGAUUUGAAAUAGCAGUUGAGCAUUCCCCUGUUGCCAUUUUUCCUGCCAGGGCUGCCUUUCCCACAAACCCGAGACCUUUGAAUUCUCAAGCCACAAGUUCAACCUUUAGUCAAACAAUAGGUCAAGCAGCACAAUCAAGUAGCAUGUCUUUCUUGCUGCAAAUAUUAAGCUUUGGAGCACAGUUGCUGAGCAGCUACAGCCUACAGUUUACAAGCCCUGGCCUUUGUCCUGUGUAUUAUGCAUUUUUAAUGUACUAUUACUCGUUUAGCUAAUUGGCUGCAUAGCAUAAUUAUGCAUUCAACACACAAAUGCGUGGUAGUUUUGCAUCUGGCAUGUGUAUUCUUGUGAUUUUUUGAGCUUUUCUAUUUUGCCAGGGGUUUAUAUAUUCUGGCUAAGUAAACAUGUGUAGCUACCUGCAAGUUCUAAUAGCUUCAGCUGAACAUCAGUGUUGUUUUCACUAUCAGUGUGAGCAAUUCUCACCACUCCCAAACUCAAUAUGAGGAAUAUGCAGUAACUGGUAGUUUUCCUGUUAAUUUUAAAAGUUAUAUUAAUUUAAAGAAGUACUGUGCAUUCCGGAGUUUGUGUUUUGGACUGUUUUUUUGUUACAUGCUCUAAGGAAAGGAGUCCUUUUUCUCAGUAAUCUUUGGACAAUUUGUUUUGCGUAAUUUCUGUGACUUCUUAGAUGGUUUUACCUCCUAUCAGCUUCAAAUCUUUGAUUAAGCUUAGACUGAAGUGGGUGUUUUAAUAACUGAAUAAAAUACAUUUUUUCAGAGCUAUUAUCAGAGGCAUGCUCUUAGCAGUAUCUCGGGCUGGUAAUAUCUUUGUUCCAGCAGGAACAGGCCCAUGUAAAAGAACAGGGUGGCCAAUGGAUGUGAUUUUGAUUUGUCCAGGAAAUCACUCAAAGGAGGAUGAGCAUUUUGGGCUACUGGUCAUCUUAACAUCUCUGAGGUCUCUCCUUGGCUACUAAAUGAGAUGAUCAGUAGCAGCUAAGAGUGAGAUGAGGUUUGGUUUGGAGCAUCUUCUUACACCUUCUCAUAUAUGUGACUUUGCAUUUCAGGCAUGCUUUACUUCAGAUUGCCCCAUGUCAUGCUCACUUUUCUCUAACUCCAGUUACUGUGAGGAGCAUUUGUAAGACGUGAUACUAAAACUUUGGCUUUGUGAUUUAGUAAUAUGUGUGUGUGUAUGUGUAACCAAAUCUCAUCUUGCUUCUGUUUCACCUGGGAGAAUGGUAAUUACUUAGCCUUUAUGUGCUGUUUUUCUCCUCUUCCCAGGAAGUACAUAGAUGAGAUAAUUCAGGAAUACUUUUGUAAUUUAUCAGCAGGUAGUUUCAGAUGUUUAUAUACAAAAUAGAUAUAAUCAAAGAGAGAUGACAAAAAUUCUUGUGUUGUAAUGUUGCUGACCUUCACAACACACCAAGCUGAUUUAUAGAAUAGAACAGAACAGAACAGUUUGGGUUGGAAGGGUCCUCCAGAUAUCAUCUAGUCCACCUCCCCUCCUGCAGUAAGCAGGUACAUCUUCAACUGGAUCAUGCUGCUCAGAGCCCCGUCCAACAUGAUCAUGAAUAUUUCUGGGAUGGGGCAUCCAUCACCUCUGGGGCAACCUGUGCCAGUGCCUCACCACCUUCAUUAUAAAAAAAUUCUUCAUUAUAUCUAGUCUGAAUUUACCCUCUUUUAGUUUAAAACCAUCACAUCUUGUCCUAUUGCAACUGAAAGUCUGUCCCCGUCUGUACUGAACUUGCAUGGCAAGGUUUUGGUGGCAGAGGUGGCUUCUGUGAGGAGCUGCUGGAAGCUUCCCUCAUGUCUGAAAGAGCCAGUGCCAGCCAAGGCUGAACCCACUAGCAAUGGUGGUGGUACCUCUGGGAUAAGAGAUUUAAGAAGGGGAAGUAAGUUACUGCACAGAAGCAAUUAGAGCCAGACUAGAGAGGAUGUGAGAGAGGAACAGCCCUGCAGGCUCCAAGGUCAGUGAAGAAAGAGGGUUAGGAGGUUUUAAUUUUUGUCUUUGUUUCUCACUCUCCAAGUCUGUUUUAAUUUGUAGUAAAUUAAAUUAUUUAUCCCAAAGUGGAAUCCGGUUUGCUUAUAAUGGUAAUUGACAAGCAAUGUCCCUGUCUUUAUUUCAACCCAUGACCUUUUUCAUCUUAUUUCUUGUACCUGUCCUUUGUGUAGGGUAUGUGGUUGAAGACAGAUUUACACUGUAUGUUAUAUUGCAUUUAAUUGUAACAUAAUAUACUCCACCUGGGGCCAAUGCAUGGCAUGUAAGAACGUGUCACAACUAAUAACUAAUAGUUCUAGGACUGUAUUUUAAGUGGUAGAAGCCACCUUCUUGCUGCUGUUAUUCAACCUUAGCAUUGCUAAUGCCCUUGUCACUUUAAAAAGACGCAGGCAUAGAAAUAAAUACAUUUCAUACAUCCUCA